AUGAAUAGCUCUCUUUUUAAGCUCAGACGCCAACAGUUCAAUGCAGUCGAACUCAACACCAAGAUAGACGCCGCAAUCAAGAAGUCGGGCACCGACUGGGACAACCUGCCCGAAGGCCAUGCGCUGCUUAAAAUGUCAGCCAAGCUAGGCGAACUCGUCAAGGAAGCUGGGUAUAGCGAGAUGUAUGGUGUUGAGCUGUCUGCGCCUGCUGAAGAGUAUGGUGUUGAGCUGUCUGCGCCUGCUGAAGAGUAUGUUGUCCUGAGCAGUAUCUCACAGUCAAGAGCUAACCAGAACAACCACAACAGAGGCAAAGCAGCACCAUUCAGCACAUUACUCAUUCUCCAAAAGUUUCUUCGCGCAAACCAAGGCCAGGUCAACAAGGCAUGCGAACAACUGCUGGGAGCGCUGAAAUGGCGCAAAGAGUUCAAGCCGCUGGAGGUCAAAGACCAAGUAUUCGACAAGGCCAAAUUCGACGGCUUGGGCUAUAUUGUUCAGUUGAAGAAUGUCCCCGACAGCCCCAAUGAAACCGACAUUGCAACCUUCAACAUCUACGGCGCGGUAAAAGACACGAAGAAAACAUUCGGCGAUCUUGACGAGUAA